GCUUUUGUUUAUUUUUAAUAUUCUAGAAGUUUCUAUUUUCAUUUAGAGUAAUGUAAUGAUUAUUAACUAUUCACAUUUAUUUGACGGUUUCACCACAUGUAAAUAUUUAAUAUUAAAGUAUUCUUUCAACUGCAUUUGAGUUCCGUAGAUUCCUAGCGUGUACAUUUGAAAUUAAAUAACAGUUGCAGUCGAAACAGUUCUUCAAUUUCAUUUGAUCUGUCUACAAAUAUAGUUAAAUUAAAAUUCAUUAUGGCCUGUAGUGUAAAUGAAGAAAAUAAAGCUGUUAUAAAAAGAGAUUGGUAUCAAUCUCAGACUCAUGUGAUUAUUAAUAUUUUGGGUAAACAUUCAUCUAAAGAAGAUUGUUUUAUAACAUUUGAUAAAGAUGAAUUAACUGUACAAGCCAAAUUUGCCACGGGACAACCAUAUACACUAAAUUUAAAACUUAGUAAACAAAUUAUUCCUGAGCUUAGUAGCUAUAAAUUUUUAUCAUCAAAACUAGAAGUAUUUCUUGCUAAAACUGUAGCAGAAAGAUGGGAUGUAUUGGAAAAAGCUGUAGUCAAGACAUCUCAAAGCUCCACUGGGCAAGGACGUAACUGGGAUAAACUAGUCAGAGAUAUGACAAAGGAUGAAGAUGAUAGUGACGUUAACACACUUUUUAAGAAAAUUUAUUCAGAAGGUAAUGAUGAAGUACGUAAGGCCAUGAACAAAUCAUUUAUGGAAUCUGGAGGUACUGUUUUAAGUACCAACUGGGAAGAUGUUUGUAAGGACAAAGUAGAAAUUAAACCCCCAGAAGGUAUGGAAUGGAAAAAAUGGGAUGAAUAAUUUUUUCUUUUUUUCUACAAAUUGUAUAAUUAAAUUAUAAUGUAAUUUAUAAUUUUUAAGUUUUGAU